UUAGAUACGUGAGCGACGGUCCCGCGGUCAGUUCUUCGUUGAGACCCGAUCGUCCUGCAUCGAGACCUCUUGAAGACCGGGACUAAUUUAACACUUUUUUCUGACGUUGCGGUGGCAUCUUCGAGCUCCAAAUUGCAUCGGGAGAGUCGAGUGUUACGCGCCACUUACAUAAUAAUGCACCUUUAAAAUUAUUCAUUUUUGCGGUGAAAUUAUUGUGGAUCAUCAAUUAUUUAGUGUUUUUUUUUUUUUCUAUCGGUUGCGUUGAAAGUGCAGGACAAGUGGAUACUAUUAUUGUGACUGACAAAAUUUUUUUUAUAACGCCAAGACUAAAGAUGCUGUCUCUCAAGCAAUUAGUUUUGGCAGCUGAGCUGAUGCUCUUAAUCACUUGCUAUUAUUCUAGUGCAGAAACGGUUAUAACGGCGCAAGAUUCGUUAGAUUGGGAUUUAGAAUCAGAAUUGAUCGGUGAAACUACAACGAUUAUUUCUGACUUGAGUGAACAUCCCUGUAAACGUGACUGCAGAGAAGAUGCACCCCCGAUGGAAUGCUACUACGAAUUUCGUUUAGAAGCUUACCACACUAUGAGUAAAGCUUGUUUCAACUGCCCCUCAAAUAUCACGGACUGUUUCCGCCCCGACUGCGUUUCCGCUGAUGGCAUAAAACGUCCGCUUCUUGUCGUUAACAGACAGAUGCCCGGGCCAUCGGUUGAGGUUUGCUUAGGCGAUAGGGUGAUUGUUGACGUGCAUAAUCUACUUCCGGCAGAAAGUACUACCAUGCACUGGCACGGUCAACAUCAUAGAACAACACCCUAUAUGGACGGUGUUCCCUACGUGACACAGUGUCCCGUUCCUCCGGGUGCUACAUUUCGCUAUCAUUACGUCGCAGCAACUUCCGGAACCCAUUUUUGGCACUCUCAUUCUGGAUUUCAAAGAGGAGACGGAGUCUUCGGUGCGUUGAUUGUUCGAGUGCCUCCCACGCAAGAUCCUCUUAGGAAAUACUACGAUUUUGACGAGCACAGCAUGAUAGUUAUGGACUGGGACCACGAAGCUGGUGUCGAUAAAUUUUUAGCUCAUCAUCACGCCGAUGGUGAUAACAAACCACCAAAUCUUCUGGUCAAUGGACUCGGACGUUAUUUGCCUCCUGGUCCUUCGGUAAACGGGACGGAAAUUGUUCAAAAUAUUACCAUGACUCCCACGGCUACAUUCGUUGUUAAAGAAUCUUACAGAUACAGGUUCCGGGUGAUAAACGCUGAAUUUUUAAACUGCCCUAUCGAAAUAUCCAUCGAUAAUCACACCAUGUAUGUCAUCAGCACGGAUGGGAACGAUAUCGAACCAGUCGAAGCCGAGUCACUCGUCACUUAUGCCGGGGAAAGGUUUGACUUUAUUGUUCAGAUGAAUCAAGAAAAGGAUAAUUACUGGAUUAGAUUCCGUGGAUUGAUGGAUUGCGAUCAAAGAUUCACAAGUGCGAAUCAAGUGGCAGUUCUUAGAUACGAAGGAGCACCGGAAGAAUAUCCAACUGCAACAGUUUCUUACGAACGAGAACCUUCGACUUUCACUCAAGCUUUGCAAAUGAACGCGCUCAAUCAAGGGACAGAAAGUAACGCCAGUACAAGCAUGCCACUUUUGGAAUCACUCGAUCCCGAUGAUGAAGCAAACACUAGAGAUCCGGACCAUCAAUUUUACAUUUCCUACGACUUUUAUGGAAAAGAUAAUCCACAUUUUCAUCGCAAGAAUCUUUACGGGUUCCAAAAAGUUACGAAUAUGAAACAAAGGUUGUUUACACCGCAGUUGAAUUACAUAUCAAUGAAAUUGCCGGCUUUUCCGCUGCUUUCGCAACGCGAUUCCAUAAAAUCAGGUCAAUUUUGCAACGAAAGUAGCGUAGUUGGUUGUGAGGAAGAUUACUGCGCUUGUACCCACGUCCUGGAGGUAAAAUUGGGCAGCGUUGUGGAGCUUGUUCUAGUCGAUAAAGGUUACACUUACGACGCGAAUCAUCCGUUCCAUCUGCACGGUCACGAUUUCCGAGUCGUAGCGAUGGAGAGGGUUGGAAAGAACGUUACCGUCGACGCGGUGAAAAAACUCGACGCUGCUGGAUUAAUUAAAAGAAAACUCAGCCGCGCCCCGAUCAAAGACACAGUCACGGUUCCUGACGGAGGAUACACGAUAGUCCGUUUCCACGCCAACAACCCUGGCUACUGGCUCUUUCAUUGCCACAUCGAGUUCCACGUAGAACUGGGAAUGGCAUUGGUUUUCAAGGUCGGAGAACACGAAGAAUUUCCUCCAGUUCCUCAGGACUUUCCUCGAUGCGGAAGUUACACGCCAGCUGGACCACCGGAAGCUACUACAACGAGCACUUCGACGACCACAACCAGCACUUCGAAGAAGACAACGAGCACUUCGACGACGACAACGACAACACCGAGGUCGACAACAACGAUGACAACGACGACUACUAUAGAUCCAAUCGAAAAUGAAAUCAUGAAAGAGAAAAUUACCAUAACAAGGUGGCUUCCUCUGAUCAUCCAAGAGCUUUCGAUGAACACAAAAUCGGCAGCUUCUAUUAAUUCAAUUCAAGGAACUUCAAUUAUAUUCCUGACGGUCUUGGUGACGUUCUUUGUGAAUGUCUGGCGGUAAUAUGGACAAAAUUAUAUUAAUUCAAGCGAGUUCUUUUUCACCUGUACAUAGUUAUAACGAUCAUACCUUCAUGAUAAUAAUUAAUUUUUUUACUGUUCGAAACUAAUUGUUUUUUAGUAGUUUUUCAAUACUUCUUCACGGAAAUUUCGCAGCAGUUAUAUAAGUGGAAGUUGAAAAACUAAGCGCAUGUUAGUUAAUUCUUCCAGCCGUUUAAUUUAUUAUUCUCUAACGAACGAUGGAUGCCUGAUUUAACCAACCGAAUGAUUGACGUUAUGCAGGAAUUUUUGAAUAUUUGGACGAAUGUUAUAACACGUGUUAUAAUAUAACAUAAGAAGAUGCCUUUGUUUCUGUGAUACGAGCGUAAUUAAUUAUAAAUUCUAUGUGUAUUCUAUGAUUAUAUGUAAAUAAUGAAUGAUCAUAGAGGUCUUUUUUCUCGAGGCACUCCAUGAUACUAUCAUAUAAUAUACACUGCAUGUGUAAUGUUCUUGUUGUAAAUUUGUGUAAUUUUUUUUUUAUAUCAUUUUCAAUUACGAGUGAAUGGAUUUCGUUUUUUAUACAUACGACACUGUACAAUUUUAUUUGUUGCUACGAUACAAAAAGUAAUGAAUUUUAAACUCGUCUAAUAUUUUCAUUAUUGUUUAUGACAAUAAAUUUCAAUACCUGCCUAUUCCGAAUAACAUAGAUCAAGUCUUUGAUUAAUAAAAUAACGAAAAAAUAAGUUAAUCAUA